ACUUUUUGUUUAUCAUGAAUCAAUGAAAAAAUAACAGGAUUUUCUGUUCACUUUUGCUGAAACUAUUUUUUUAAUGGAAUCAGGUCAUUAAUAAUUUAUGAAAACUUUUUUCUUGAGAGGACACUGAAAUUAACUUGAGUUUAAGAAAAGAGGAAGGAACGGACUGGGCGUUUCCGUUGUCUGCGUCUCGCUACAGGAGCCAUAUAUUGAAAACAAUGUCUGGAAGCUUCUACUUUGUAAUUGUUGGCCACCAUGAUAAUCCAGUUUUUGAAAUGGAGUUUUUGCCAGCUGGGAAAGCUGAAUCCAAAGAUGACCACCGUCAUCUGAACCAGUUCAUAGCUCAUGCUGCUCUUGACCUGGUAGAUGAGAACAUGUGGCUGUCGAACAACAUGUACUUAAAAACUGUGGACAAGUUCAAUGAGUGGUUUGUGUCAGCAUUUGUCACUGCAGGGCAUAUGAGAUUUAUUAUGCUUCAUGACAUAAGGCAAGAAGAUGGAAUAAAGAACUUCUUUACUGAUGUCUAUGAUUUAUAUAUAAAGUUUGCAAUGAAUCCAUUUUACGAACUGAAUUCUCCUAUUCGGUCAAGCACAUUUGACAGAAAAGUUCAGUUCCUUGGGAAGAAACACCUUUUAAGCUGAAUGCAGAAAAACUCCGAAACAAUGUUACAACAAUGGGGUAUACUCAGGAAUGUGUACAUUGUAAGUAACUUGAUUAAAUAGCCUGGAAACUUUUACUUGUAGUGUCAAUUUAUCUAAAC